GCGGGUUUGAGGAGCUGCACAGCUUCCUGCUCCCCCAUAGCAAAGCGGGGCGAGAAGGGCGAGUGCCCAGCCGGGCCACGAGACAGCUUCUUGCCGGGGUCCCAUCAGCUUCCUCUUCCCCAGCCACUGGCGUGUGUGGCUGGGGAGGGGGGGCGCCGAGGCAGGAACCUGUUGCCCAGGCCACCCUCUAUCCACCCCUCAUUGGGAGCCUUGGGGCUGGGCCAAGCCCGGAUCGGCUGAACUCUCAUGGGGGACUGAUAAAGCAAAGGUCUUGGGGGGACAGACGUGGCUGGGCCAGAGCCCUGGGGCUCCGGCCAUGAAGUCUCGGCAGAAAGGAAAGAAGAAAGGCAGUUCGAAGGAGCGUGUGUUCGGGUGUGAUUUGCAGGAGCACCUGCAGCACUCAGGCCAGGAGGUGCCCCAGGUGCUAAGGAGCUGUGCGGAGUUUGUGGAGGAGCAUGGAGUGGUAGAUGGCAUCUAUCGCCUCUCAGGGGUCUCCUCCAACAUCCAGAAGCUCCGGCAGGAGUUUGAGACAGAGCGGAAGCCAGAUUUGCGGCGGGAUGUUUACCUCCAGGAUAUUCACUGCGUCUCCUCCCUGUGCAAGGCCUAUUUCAGAGAACUUCCAGAUCCUCUUCUCACCUACCGACUCUAUGACAAGUUCGCUGAGGCAGUGGCAGUGCAGCUGGAACCCCAGCGCCUGGUCAAGAUCCUAGAAGUGCUUCAAGAACUCCCUGCCCCAAACUACAGGACCCUGAAGUUCCUCAUGCAGCACUUGGUGCACAUGGCCUCCUUCAGUGCCCAGACCAACAUGCAUGCCCGCAACUUGGCCAUUGUGUGGGCCCCCAACCUGCUGAGGUCCAAGGACAUAGAGGCCUCGGGCUUCAAUGGGACGGCAGCCUUCAUGGAGGUGCGUGUGCAGUCCAUCGUCGUGGAAUUCAUCCUCACACACGUGGAUCAGCUCUUUGGGGGUGCUGCCCUCUCUGGUGACGAGGUGAAUAGUAGCUGGAGAUCACUCCCAGGUGCCCGAGCAUCAGGUAGCCCAGAGGACCUUAUGCCCAGGUCCCUGCCCUACCACCUGCCUAGCAUCCUGCAGGCCGGUGAUGGACCACCACAGAUGCGACCCUACCACACGAUCAUUGAGAUUGCGGAGCACAAGAGAAAGGGAUCUCUGAAAGUCAGAAAGUGGAGAUCUAUCUUUAAUCUCGGCCGCUCUGGCCAUGAGACCAAGCGUAAACUUCCACGGAGUGCUGAGGACAGGGAGGAGAAGUCCAACAAGGGGACCUUGCGGCCCGCCAAGAGCAUGGACUCCCUGAGUGCUGCGGCUGGGACAAGCGAUGAGCCAGAGGGACUGAGGGAAUCCAGCAGUUCUCAACCGAGCUCACUGCUACCUGAGUGCCUGGAAAAUGAUUCCAUGGAGAUGCUAGAGGGUGAACAGGAGACGGAACCAGAGGCACUGGGAGACACCAGCUCUGAACCAGGCACGCCACGAGCUGGGCGGACAGUCACCCGGGCUGUAUGCAGCAGCCGUGCAGAACGCUGUGCUGGUGUUCACAUCUCGGACCCCUACAAUGUCAACCUCCCACCACACAUCACCUCCAUUCUCAGUGUGCCCCCAAACAUCAUCUCCAACGUCUCCUUGGCCAGGCUCACCCGUGGCCUUGAGUGUCCGGCCUUGCAACCCCGGCCAAAUCCUGCCUCUGGCCCUGGCCCUGGCCUUGGCCCCAGCCCCCCAGAGAAGAAGUUGGAGGCAAGUCCAGUACCAGGUCCUCUGGCUGACUCUGUUCCAGUGGACAUAGCUCCUGCCCUGGAGGACUCCCUGUCUCAGGAAGUACAGGAUUCCUUCUCCUUCCUAGAGGACUCCAGCAGCUCAGAGCCUGAGUGGGGAGGGGUGGAGGAUGGGGAAGUGGCCAAGGCAGAAGCGGCAGGAGCAGCAGCAGCCUUCUCUACUGGGGAAGAUGACCCUGGGCUGGGCUACCUGGAGGAGCUCCUGGGAGAUGGGCCUCAGGUGGAAGAGUUCUCUGUGGAGCCACCCUUGGAUGAUCUGUCUUUGGAUGAGGCACAGUACGUCCUGGCUCCCAGCUGCUGUUCGCUGGACUCAGUGGGCCCCAGGCCUGAAGCAGAGGAGGAAAAUGGGGAGGAAGUUUACUUGAGUGCCUAUGAUGACCUAAGUCCCCUUCUGGGGCCUAAAUCCUCAACCUGGGAGGGUGCAGAAAACAGGCAGGAAGAGGCAGGAAGAGGGUGUGGAAGACAGACUCCAGGACCAGCUGAGGAAGAACAGGCAUGUGGGAAGGUAGAGGAGGACAAGCAGGCUGAGCCUGCAAGCGGAGGUGCUGUCAGGGAAGAAGCUGAAGGGAGCCCAGAGAUCGAGACAGAUGUUGGAAAGGCAGAUGAGGAAGAACAGGAGGCUGUGAGCAGCCAAGAGCUGAUGGUCAGCUCAGUCGAAGGAAGUGGGGAGGAGUCAGAGGCCAAGGGAGAAAAAUCCAAAGGACAUAAGGAGGCUGAUAAUAUGGAAGAAACUCUGAGUGUGGAGGAACCAGGGAGAGAACAGGAUAAAGACCAGGAGAAGAAAAAAGAGACCAAGAGCGAAGCGGAGGCCAAGGGAGGAGAGGAAGCACAGACAGAAGCUGGAAGCUACUCAGAGUGUGCGGUCCAGGAACACCUGGCUGCUGAGAACUGGGAAGUCGUACACAAACAGGACAUUGAAGAAAGCACGGAGGAUGAGGUCAAAAGACAGAGUGGGGAUGGAAACCAUGGGACAGAAGCAGACCAAGGAGAUGGUGAAGGCAGCAGAGACUUAGAAGUAGCUGGAGGAGGAAGGGAGGUCCCCAGGCAGCCAGAGAGUGGUGGCAGUGUGGCUGAGGGAGAUCAGAAAACUACAGAUUACCAUUUAGAAGAGGAGGUCCUCCUGGAUGGGUCCCUCCAGGAUGGAUCAGGCAAGAAGUUCUUAGGGGCUGACAGUGCCAAAGAGGGCAAUGUCCUACCUUCUGAUGCAGAACAGGUUGUCCCACAACCAUCCCAACCAGAGGAGCUGGAGACUGCGGGGCAGUCCAGCUCUGAGGGUCACACUCUGUGUUCCUGUCCCAUUGGUUCAGCGGGUGGUGUGGGUAUGCGUCUGGCUUCUACCCAGCUUCAGGUCCAACAGGUCCACUCUGUGCCAGUGGUGCCUCCCAAACCACAGUUCGCCAAGAUCCCCAGUGCAAUGUGCAGCAAGAUCCACGUGGCCCCUGCAAACCCAUGCCCAAGGCCCGGCCGGCUUGAUGGGACUCCUGGGGAAAGGGCUUGGAGUUCCCGAGCUUCCCGCUCCUCUUGGAGGAAUGGUGGCAGUCUUUCCUUUGAUGCCGCUGUGGCCUUGGCCCGGGACCGCCAGAGGACGGAGGCUCAGGGAGUUCGGCGCACCCAGACCUGUACUGGGGGUGGGGACUACAGCCUCAUCCCCAGAACCUCCCUCUGUGGCAUGACCCCUGCCCAUUCUCCUCGACCCCUUAGCUUCCUGGAACUCCCACCUGAAGGCACGGAAGCCUCAGCAUCCCGAAGUCGGUUUAGCCUGCCCCUCAGAGAAGCCCAGCCCCCUGACCUCCUCCUGUCUCCUCAGCGCAGGUCCUAUGCAUUUGAAGCACAGGCUAACCACGAGAAAGGUGAGAGAUUGUGAUUAGGACCACAUAUUGGGAAAAAGGGACCUGAAAAUUCUCUGGAGUCCUUGGGGUCUCUGGCUGUCUCUCCCGCAGCCUAAGCCACAGUAGUGCCAAAUUCCGUGGACUCAGCCCCUCCUCUACUUUCUCUUUUUGACCACAGGAGGCACUUUCUGGCUGGUUUACCUGAGCUUGUCUCAGAUCCACAGCACCAAUCUCUUACAACCCUAGGGAGUGAGGUCAUUGCCAAAGCAAAAACAGGGUAGCCAAAAAAGUUUCAAGGUUUUCUCUUGACCGAAGAAGCCCAGGAUAGAGGUGAGGACAGGGCCCGGUCAGAGCUUUUCCUGCACAGUUCUUGAGCUGCCCCGGAUCCUUGGAUACCUUCUGAACCUCUUAGUGCCAGAUGAGGGAUAGGCCCACCAGGGAGCUCCCUGAAGCCGUCACUGUGUAAUGGAGGGCAUGCACUGCAGCAGCCUCACUGUGUGCCUCCCAGCACACUGCAGGAGAGAGAUCUCAUGCAGAUCUCUGGCCUUUUUCCUAUGGAAAUGUCUUCCUAUUUCAGGAAUUGCUUCUCCAGGCAGGCGGAGGGAAUGGGUCUCACUGUUUGAUAUCUCAGAAUAAAACUCGUGUUUUUACAUGGAA